AUGAGGGGCCUUAAGCAGGUAAGAUGCUGCUCUGCUGCUGCUGCUGCUGCUGCUGCAGCAGCUGGUGCAGUUCAGGUAGCGGCAGCAACAGCAGGAACAGAAAGUUUGCCAGCCGCUGCUGCAGCAACGCACCCAGCGGCACCAAUAGCAGCAACAAGAGCAGCAACAGAAGCAGCAGCAGCAGCAGCAGCAGCAGCAGUAACAGCAGCAGCAGCAGGAGGUUCAGUUGAUUUAAAGGUGUCUCAAUACUUGAGGCCCCUCAUAGCAGCAACCAACGGGGGGACGGAGCCGCUAACAGAUGCUGCACAUUUUGUCUAUCUCUAUGAUAUCACAGACCCCGUAUACUGCAGGCUGCUCAGGCCAGCUACGCCCUCGACGCCAGCAGCAGCAGCAGCAGCUGCUGCUGCUGCUGCUGCUAGUGCCACUCCGCUGCUGCUGCAGCAGCAGCAGCAGCAGCAAGACUGGAAACAUCUCGGGUCGCCGUUCUACGUGCUGCUGCUGCAGGCACUGCAUGCAGCAGCUGCAGCACGAAGGCCAGCUACGCCCUCAACGCCAGCAGCAGCAGCAGCAGCUGCUGCUGCUGCUGCUGCUAGUGCCACUCCGCUGCUGCUGCAGCAGCAGCAGCAGCAGAAAGAUUGGAAACAUCUCGGGUCGCCGUUCUACGUGCUGCUGCUGCAGGCACUGCAUGCAGCAGCCGCAGCACGAAGGUCGCGUCCUGCCUCUGCCCUUGAAUCUGAACGAACUGCAGCAAUAGCAACAGCAGCAGCAGCAGCAGCACCUGCAGCAACUAGCAGAUUGGGUGGCUCUACCCUUAGCAGCAGCAGCAGCAGCAGCAUCGACACCGCUGCUGCAGAAGUUGCUGCUGUGUGGCAGCUUCAGGUUGCAAAGGAUCUGAGGCGUCUGCGUCACGCUGCAGAGUUGCUGCAGCAGGAUAAGGCUGCAGCCACCAGCCCCAACAACUCGUUGGUUGUAUCUGGCGCGACUGAGGGCGCAGCAGCAGCAGCAGCAGCAGAACCGGCUGCAGCAGCAACAGCAGCAGCAGCAGCUGCUGCAGCAGUGCGGUGUUUGCAUGCAUUGGGUCGCUGUCAGUUGUUUAGUGAGAAGCUGCUGCAGGAGGUGUCUGUACACCACAUUGCUGCUGCUGAUGCUGAUAGCCUCGCGCUGUAUUUGUUUGAGUGCGGCCGUAUGGGGCUUCGCUGCAAGCGGUGGAUAGAGUUGCUGCAGCAGGAUAAGGGUGCUGCUGCUCCAGCAGCAGCAGCAGCAGCAGCAGCAGCAGCGAAUCCCCUGAUGCUGCAGCAGCACCAACUCGAAGCAGCAGCUGUGGCUCUCUUCUGCAGCGCAGCAGAAGCAGUAGCGCUCCUCGCGGAGAUGCAGCUGAAGCCCUCAGUGCGAGAUGCUGUGCCAACUUUGCUGCUCGCCUUAGAGCGGCUUCGCCUCUCCCAGCAACUGCGGCGCGACCAGCAGCAGCAGCAGCAGCAGCAGCAACAGCAGCAGCAACAGCAGCAGGAGCAUAACGUUGCGACAGGAGCGUCGUUGGUUGUAUCUGGCGCGACUGAGGGCGCAGCAGGAGCAGCAGCAGCAGAACCGGCUGCAGCAGCAACAGCAGCAGCAGCUGCUGCUGCAGCAGUGCGGUGUUUGCAUGCAUUGGGUCGCUGUCAGUUGUUUAGUGAGAAGCUGCUGCAGGAGGUGUCUGUACACCACAUUGCUGCUGCUGAUGCUGAUAGCCUCGCGCUGUAUUUGUUUGAGUGCGGCCGUAUGGGGCUUCGCUGCAAGCGGUGGAUAGAUCGUUGUGUUUUGUCAUUCUGUGUUUGGUUGUUUAUGGGUUUUGCUGCUGCUGUUACUGUUGCUGCUGCUGCUGUUGCUGCUGCAGCUGGGCAGCAUGGAUUACUAUCAGCUGCGGUUGAUGCUGCGGAUAUCAUCGCAACGUUUGUAGAGCAAAGGUGUCCAGACACCCCAGCGGAGUACGGGGUCCUAACGCGGGCCCUGGUAGCAGCUUUAGAGGCUUCAGCUCCCCCCUUGCUGCCAGCAGCCACCACAGCAGCAGCAGCAGCAACAGCAACCGGCGUAGGAGGAACAGCAGGACCAUCAGCCGAAGGAGCAGCAGUAUCAUCACCAGCACCAGCUGCAGCAGCAGCACCAGCAGCAGCAGCAGCAGCAGCAGCAGAAUCUGGUGAGAGUGUGUGUAUUGAUCCUCUGUCUGUGGUGCAUCCGCUGCACGAUUUGGUUGAUUUGGUAGACUGCGUGGCCUCUGCUGUUGCUGCUGCUGCUGCUGUUGCUGCUGCUGCUGCUGUUGCUGCUGCUGCUGAUUAUGAUGAUGAUGAUGGUGCUGAUGCUGCUGUUGCUGCUGUUGAUGCGGCCGCUGUUCGUGGUGCUGCUGCAACUGCUUCUCCAGUGCUGCUGCUGUUGUCGUUGCUGCUUACCUGCUUCGCGUGCAUCGCAACGUUUGUAGAGCAAAGGUGUCCAGACACCCCAGCGGAGUACGGGGUCCUAACGCGGGCCCUGGUAGCAGCUUUAGAGGCUUCAGCUCCCCCCUUGCUGCCAGCAGCCACCACAGCAGCAGCAGCAGCAACAGCAACCGGCGUAGGAGGAGCAGCAGGACCAUCAGCCGAAGGAGCAGCAGUAUCAUCACCAGCACCAGCUGCAGCAGCACCAGCAGCAGCAGCAGCAGCAGCAGAAUCUGGUGAGAGUGUAUGUAUUGAUCCUCUGUCUGUGGUGCAUCCGCUGCACGAUUUGGUUGAUUUGGUAGACUGCGUGGCCUCGCACGGGCUGAGGACUUCUCUUGUCUCUCGCGUUGAGGCGGUGGUUGCGGCGAGGUAUACAGAGAUUGAGUACAGCGUGAACUUCACUCUGUGGCUCAUCUGCCUGGACGCCUUCUCUCGAGUGAAGGGCCACUACCCCCACUUGCUGCUGCAGCACGUCAUGACAACCGUCUGCAAAUCACUGGAAAGCAGCAGCAGCAGCAGCAGCAGAGAGAUUGAGUACAGCGUGAACUUCACUCUGUGGCUCAUCUGCCUGGACGCCUUCUCUCAUAUGAGCAGCAGCAGCAGCAUUAGCAGCAGCAGCAGCAGGAGGCCGCGCGGCAGCAGCAGCAACGGCAGCAUAUCAAGCCCUAUCGACUCUCUUAGUGCUCUUCAGAGACUCAAAUUCAUGCAGGCCCUCACCCGCCUCUCCUUCUUUCCUCUCCCAGUUAUCCAGAUAUGGUGCAGCAGCGUAGAAGGGGAGAUGAAUUUGCUGCGGAGUGUGAGGGACGCGAUGACCUGCAUCUUUCCUCUGUCUCUUGCGGUGUACAUACACCCCGUUUUGUUUUCUCGUGCUUUUAGAUUUGUAGAGAGCAGAUACAGCAGAGACAAACCAAGAAAUGGACUGCUAGCAUCUGACAGUCAGCGUUCACUGGGCUGA